AUAUACUUCAAAAUGCCACCAUAUUUUUUAAAAAUAUAUGUACUAUUAUAUGUAAUUUUUAACUUUCGUUUAUGCGUGUCAUCUCCUCCAAGGAUAAAAUUGGAAUUACAUGUCGAAGAAGAAACAAUGCGAGGACGAAUAUUGGCAGAAAUCGACCCACUUGUCAACAAAGACAUUUCCAGUCGAAUUAAUCGAAAAUUUAGAAUUAUUUCACAAAAUAUUCUGUCGAAAAACACACUAGGAGCAAUUGUAUCUAACAGAGCAAAAAGAAUUGAAGUGCUAAAAAUAAAUGAAAAAACUGGAACGUUGCGUUUAUCACAAACAAUCGACAGGGAGAAAAUUUGUCCAUCAAGUGCUGGGAAAUGUAUGAUCAGAGCUCAAAUUGUUGUUUUACCUCAAAAAUAUUUUCAACUGAUUGAGACUGACGUCACUAUCGAUGACGUCAAUGAUAAUACACCUACAUUCCCACAUGAAAUUUUACACCUGAAUGUAUCAGAGAAUUGGUCACUGGGUGAAGUUAUUAACUUGGACUCGUUUCAGGCAAAAGACAACGACAUUGGUAACAAUUCAAAAUUGGAGUAUUCACUCUCACCAAAUCCUUACUUUGAAUUGAAACAUUUUAUUGACAACAAAAAUUCUUCUCACCUGCAGUUAUACCUGUUAAGAAAACUUGAUUAUGAAGACAACCCAGUCAUAGAAAUGAAAAUUGUAGCUUCUGAUCUUGGAAUUCCUUCACUUAGAGGAAGAAUGGAUCUCAAAAUACUCGUUCUCGAUGUUAAUGACAAUUAUCCAGUAUUCGAGGAAGAGGAGUAUUCAGCCACACUUAAAGAAAAUGCUUCUCCGCAAUCCACAGUAGCGAUUCUCCAAGCCCACGAUGCUGAUAGCGGAUUGUUUGGUGCUGUGAGAUACUAUAUUUCUUCAAGAAAUAGUAAAGAAAUAAAAAACCUCGUCAGAAUAGAUGAGAUUACAGGAGUAGUGUCGUUAAAAGAAACAACAGACCGAGAAAAUCAUAAUGGUCUUCGCGUCUUAGUUGGGGCAAUGGACUUGGAUCCCAUGAAUCCAAAAACAGGGGAAACAUGGCUCGUUAUUUAUCUGGAAGACGUCAACGACAAUUCUCCAACAAUAAGUAUUGACUUCAUUUCUCAACAUUCAGAAAAGACAGUUUAUCUAUCGGAAUUUUCGCCAAAGGGAACGUACAUUGCAAGGGUUUCUGCUACCGAUUCUGAUUCUGGCGACAACGGGAAAGUAAAAAUGACUCUCACCACUAAAGUCGAAUGCCGAAAUUUGAGAGACGAUCAUUUUAUUUUAUCAAGUGGCGGAUUCUUGGAAAAUAAUUACUCCUUUGAUCGGGAAAGUUGCAGCAAAUAUAAAAUCGUUAUAAAUGCUUGUGACCAUGGAACACCUGAAUGGUGUUCAGAAGAAACAGUCACCGUUAUAAUCUUAGACGAAAAUGAGGUCCCGCCAAAAAUUCAUACUCCGUUUGAAAGAGUAGUUCUGAAGGAGGAUGCAUAUUUGGGAACUGUUGUUACAACUAUUAUAGCGUCAGAUGCGGAUGCAGUGAACGGACCUGGUUUCACCAAAAAUGAGAAUGAUGACAUUAUUACAUCUCGAAAUGGAGAAAUCUUUUUUUCAAUCGUGGACGACAACAAAGUUCCGUUUACAAUUGGGAAAAAAUCCGGAAAAAUUCGGCUCAUGUCACAACUAGACAGAGAAGUUAAAUCGGAAUGGAAGUUGAAGAUAUUAGCUCUAGACGGGGGAUCACCACCUAUGGAAAGCUAUGCUAAUAUUAUUGUGGAGGUAGAUGACGUCAAUGACAACAGCCCUCAGUUUGUCAAUCCAUCUGCAAACAAUUCGCUCGUGUAUGUCAACGUCUUAGAAAAGUCACCGAUUACAAAAGUAAAAGCGAUCGAUCCAGAUUCUGGGAUAAAUUCAAAAAUCAUAUAUUCCAUCUUUGAAUAUACGAACAAUUCGAAAGCACAUUCUGGUUCAAUGGAUAAUAUUUCAAUGCUUGUAAAAUCUGAAAAAACGACCCCUCGUAAAGAAGACAGACAUUAUUUUAUCAUCAAUCCAAACAAUGGAGAAUUACGUCUUAAUUUUAGCAGGAAAAAUUUGGAAGAUUCUAUAGGAGCACAUUAUAUACGAAUCAGGGCCAAAGAUCAUGGAAUCCCUUCAAUGUAUUCUGAUAGAUUCUUAAAAUUGAUUGUCGGCAAAUAUCCAAGUCAAAGUGGGAAUCUUUUCACAAGAACAAAACAACUAUUUUCACAUUCUGUUGAUCCAUUUAUGCUCACUGUUGCACUUGGAUGUUCUGUUCUCUUUUUGUUGGUUGUUGCUAUAGUGAUAGCAGUAAAAUGUAGAAGUACGGACAAGAAUAUUCAAAAACGUAGCAGUUCCGUUACACCAAGUAUCGAAAUUAAAAGGAAGGGAUUUAAAAAUAAUAAAUCAACAAAAGUAACAUUUUACGACGAAAUUGAGAAAAGAAGACAAAAAGAAAUGAAAUCUUCACAAGAAAGUCUUGACUCAAUGAAACCGAAUAAAGCGAAUGAAGCUGCAGAUAAUUUGAGUAAUGAAGCAGUGCGUUGCAAUCAAACGAGUACAAACAUAUUAUUUACGAAUCAUUCUGAUAGUGACAGUGGAAAGGGUGAUAGUGAUCUUGAUGCCGCUGUUACCUCGAAAGAACAUAUUCAACUGAAGCAACUUGCAUCUAGAUGUGGUGAACAUUGUCUCAUUUACGGACAUAGUGAUAUGUGUUGGAUGCCAGUGAACGUGAAUCAUGAUGUACGGCCAAUUCUUACGCAAUACAACUGGGAAAAACUGAAGCCAAGAUAUAUCAGAGAUAAUAAUGUUAGAAAAAGCAUUGCUUUUUCCUCAUCGUCCUCGGUGCUUGGAAGAACUCACAGUCCAUCCAGUUCCACAAGAGGAGAAAUUUACAGACCGCACCAUAGAGUGUUUGAAAGAAGACAUUCUAACCCCACUCUUUUAGAAGAGCAACCUCAUCCUUAUUCACGCAAUGACAUUGGUUUCACAUCGCCUCCUAACUAUUCAUCAAUACUAAAGCAAAAUAAUUCCAUGGUACAGUACGUUUCCCCUCCUACUUCAAAUAUUUCCACCCGUACAUUAUGUCUCAAACGAUCUUCAAAAAUUGACAAAAUGACAAUGAAUUCAACAAAUAUUGUAUGCAACCUCGACACGGUUUACGAAACUGAGUCAGUAUCUCAUUUAUCCAGUGAAUUCGAUUUGAGUUCACCUCAGUGCAACUCAAAAGAAUUGAGGGAAACCAGAAACCUUAUUAAUAAGAACUCAAUACAUUCCGAUGCGUACGGAAGGGAUUUACAUGAAAAUGUGAAUGCUUCUCAUAUUAAUCCACAAAACGCAAAAAAGCACAAAAGCUUAUCGAUGGAAGAAACGGAAGAUAUCAUCAAUAACAUUGAAAAUUUACUUCUUUAAUCUUUUUUAACAUUGUUUUUAAUAAAAAUUUAUACUUUUUCAUUGA